CUAAUGCUUAAUGGUCAUAGGAGGAAAACUCAAUCAAUUACAAAAGGCACAUUAAAGUAAAAAAAGAAAAGAUGGGCUCUAUUCCAUUUCUGUCACCGUACUUCAAUGGAUUCACCUUCUCUGCAUUUUCCGACAUCGACUACCAAAGUGUCAUUUUUCUCCGUGGGAGGAUGCUUUCAAUGUAUGCAUCUGUGACUAAUAUCAUUCCAGACUUGGAUGAUCACUCCAAAAUCUCUGGCCAUAUCGUGCAUAGAGAUAACAAGGCUGCUGAGAAAUUUGAAUUUGAUCCGACAAAGAUAAGUUCAUUUGAAAUAUGUCAGAGCAUUUGGGAGAUGAUACAUAAGCAACAGAUGUUUGGAUAUCUUCAGCUGGCUUGUGUGCUUCUACUUGGUUUUAAUGCGUCUUUCUGUGAUAUACUUGGUCACUUAUUUUGUAGGCGGUGGUCUUCUUUUGUUGAAUGUAUUUGGCUUUCGUCCCUUCAGAUGUGAUGGUGCUCUUGUGAGGCAUUGCAUUCUAGUGUUUGUAUGUUCACUUUUGUUGCAGCAGUGAAAUGUGAUAGUUUAUGAA